ACUCAGAUAAGACGUUACUGUCAAGAGUUUGGCUGCUGACGUUGUUUUCAUGUCUUUGAAGUGCUCGUAUUAUUGUGACGCAGGUUGCUUUCAAGGUCUUAACUGUUUAUGGGCCUUUAAAAUCUAAAACUCAUUUAAGCAAUGUAUCUUAUAGCUUGAUUGUAAGACAGGUGGUUUUAAACAAUACUAGAUUAAACGCUAUAAUCCUCGUUCAGUGGGCCGUGUGUUAUGAAACUAUAAUGAUAGUAUUUAUUUAGAAUCUUUUAAAAGUUAAUGUCAUAUCAUAUGUCAUAUAAAGUAAAUAUUUAUUGUAAAUAUUUAUCAGUCUCUUCACCAGUACAAAACGUUGUUGAUGCACCCCCUUUUAUUCAAGCGUCUCAAUAUAACGGCAUCCAACUAUUCAGAAGCAGAUCAGUUCUUCAGCAGUCACUUUGGUGGCAAUGGUUGAGGUCCAGCUGGAGGGUGAAUAUGAGUAUCCACCGGGCCUGCUGAUCGCCUUCAGUGCCUGCACCACAGUCCUGGUUGCGGUCCACCUCUUCGCCCUCAUGAUCAGCACCUGCAUCCUUCCCAACUUGGAGGCAGUUAGCAACGUACACAACCUCAAUUCAGUGAACGAGUCUCCUCACGAGCGCAUGCAUCGCCAUAUUGAGUUAGCCUGGGCUUUCUCCACCGUGAUCGGCACGCUGCUCUUCCUCACAGAGGUCAUGCUCCUAUGCUGGGUCAAGUUUUUACCUCUCGAAACCAGAGCUGGAAAGAACGUCACCAUCACCUCUGGUGAAGCUGCUGCAAUCGCUUCCACCUGCAUCAUGGUUCCCUUUGGGAUUGUUUUUAUCGUGUUUGCAGUCCACUUCUACCGCACUCUGGUCAGCCACAAAACUGACCGGCAGAUCCGUGAGCUGGAGCAAGUUAUUCGACUCCAGAACCAGUUGGACCACAGGGUUGAGAAUGAAGACCUGAAAGCUGCUGCCCAUUUUGCUUAAUAGAUGCUCUUCUUUCACUGCUUUGGACUCUAGCUUUGCUUUGUUUUCAUGCCAAUGUGCUGUUACACUCAGUGCCAUAUGUUGGAUUUUAAGAUGUUGUCUUGUUUACUAUGCGCACGUGCAUGCAUUUUUGUACACUUUUGAUGGAUGAAACAGGAUUAAGACAAAUUGUACAAUGAAAAGUAGUCAAGGAUUAGACCGCUUCAGUUGUUUUGAGUAAAUAAACAAAAGGUCACUGUAUGGGAUGUAUUUUAAACUGUUGACUGAGCCUCAUGCUACGUUACCCAAAUCUGAAUGCAAAAGUUACAGCUGUAUUUAUCAGUACUGUCCUUCAUUUUCUCAUAGUAUUGGGUGUUUCAGAGAUGAGGCUUAGCUUUUUAUGUGCACUUUUAAGCAAAAAAAAGUACUUUUGAAAGAUAUUUAUUUUAACAUUUAUAUCAUCUUAAUUUACUUCUCUUUUUUAAAAUAAUUUCUCUGUUAAGAGAUGUGUUGGUUUCCUGAUAUGGCUGAAAAUGCAACAGGUCGCUAUUACACAAUUGCUAUAUAUUAUUGUAUAUGCAAAAGAAAGUUGCAUUUAGUCGAGGUCAUUUGACAAUCAUAUUUGGGUCAUUUUAAUUUAUUUUUAAGACAUUUUCUAUUUUGUGUGUGUUGUGCUGUGUAUUGAUUGUUUUCAUGUAUUGCCAUUGUUUUUAAGAUGUUAGGAAAACAUUGCAAAACAUUUAAGCCUGUUUUGGGAUAAAGCUUCAGUGCAUCAUUUAAGGUACAUAUUGAUUUUUAAUAAAUAGGUGUCAAAAGAGCCUUUUCAAGAACCCAAUUUUAAUGUUUUCCAUGUUUCUGUUUGGAGACACGGGUCAAACAACUGGUGUUACAGCUUUAAAAUAAAUUAUGAAGUGGUUUCUUUUGUGAUGACACUGGUGU